CAGCAAUGCUAGCCGAGACUUCUCCCUCUCACAAUCGCCUCACACUCUUCUCCGAUUGCCGAAUCUUCACCGCGGUCCGCGAUCUGUGAAACUGACAAGUUGAAAUUGAUUAGGCUCGGUACCACGCCCCCUUUUCAGCGAGGCGUGGUAUGAGGUCUGGGAGGCUAGAGAUAAGCUGGUUUGUUUCCGAGUUACAAGUCGCUCUGUCUGUUUCCGACUCAGGAUGGCCUUUCGACUCCGGCAUCAACACCUUCUGUGAUUCAGGCUUCAAUGUUUUAGGUCAUAAAUUGAAGCUAGCGUGGACAAGGGGGAUAAUUCUUCCUCGUAGGAAUCGUACAUUAUGGACGCCCAAAACUGGCAGAAAGCACGUCUGUGGAUUAAAAACUAGGAUUUCUUCGCUCUAACCAAGCUCGAGGAGAUUUACUACCAACCUUGCCAGUUCCAUAACUCGUCUGACGAGAAGAAACAAAUAUCUUUGUUUUAUAUCCCGCGUGUUAUUUUUAUAUCUGACAGCGGGAAAGUGCUUACCGGCGUAAAAAGUUGCAGAGGAAAUGUGGUCACAAUAGACAGACAAAAAAGGAGAAUAACAUAUAGUCCUGCAUAUUUAUUUCUUUGGCGUAAAGGCCAAUAUUUUUCUGAGCAAUCUGUUAGCACCUCGCGAGGACAACCCAUGGUGAGUACCUUCCCAGUCAGAGCCCGGGGGGUUCUCAUGUGAAAAGCAUGCGAAAGGUAUUCGACAGGAAGAAACGCAAACUCGACGACGACGGCAACGAAGGCGAAGAGAGUUUCAGUUUGGAUACGCUUGACGUCUCCCCCGGGCUGGACCAAGGGCCGAGUGUCGCCGGUGGAGACCAGCAGUUAACCUCUCUCAACAACAAACGGAAGAAAAAAUCGCUGGGUUCGAAGAAGGGAAGCAAUAACAUGUCGAACACGAUGGUGCUUCAAGCCGGCACGACGACUCUUACGAUGAGUUCCGAAACGGCACCGACGUCCGAUGCCAACUCGUACUGUCGAAUGUCUCCUGGGGGCACCAUGAAGCCGCGGACGGCGGCAAACGCGAGGGAAAGAGACCGUACUCACAGCGUGAACACGGCAUUUGUUACGCUCCGGACGCUGAUACCUACUGAACCAGCGGAUAGGAAACUAUCGAAAAUAGAAACCCUGCGCUUAGCUACCAGUUACAUUGCUCACCUGAACACAGUGCUAAUGGUGGGGUCGGACUGUAUGGAUCAACCCUGUUUAAAACAUCAUGGGCUUUUACCCCGGAUGCCGCCCCCUAAUCCCGAUUCCCUACCCAAACCCGUGUGUACCUUCUGUCUUAGUGCCUCACGGAAACUGCCGGUCCGGCAGGAGAGUUGUAUGUAUAAGGAUGGCCGCGGGUCCAUUCAGAUUCGAAGAUGAGACACCCAGAUUUGACUACAUACCAAGUUGUCCGAGGAAAACGCAGAAACUGUCCCAAAAUACGUGUUUGAGCUGAUGUAGUGGAUAUGCUGUCGUUACCAUCACAUACCACGUCAUCGAGCAAAAGGCGAUGUCAGCGAUAUCUUAACCAGUGGAGUUUGCUCACUCCGUAUGUGCCUAUCUGGCGUGCAAUAGUUAUGACGUCACAUCCGAAAAGAAACUGAACAAUGUGUAGUUUGAUGGAAAGAUAAACUUUUUGGAAGACUGCGCGAAUAAUUGACGGAUAUUUUGCGGUGUGAAAAGUUUCCAGUGCUGCUACAUCAGGUGUGCAUGAUUUUCAGAAUUUCUUGUUCUUCUUUCAAUUACGGACAUUAACACCUCAAUCAAAAGACGAUUUCUCAAGUCGUUACUUCUUAAAUAUGGAGUCUGGAGGCAAGUCAUCUGCUGAUGAUGAUCUUGUCACGUGAUCCGUGUGACGUCAUGUCACUGAAGCCAAGUCACAUUUCAGAACUAACAUUUUUGUGGUUACUCGACGCUGCGCUUAAAUUUAUUCUAACUUCACCAGACGGUGAUGUGGCUGUAUGUAACAAGCCGUGAUACUGUGAUGACACUAUGCCGCACAAGCAAUUCACAGAUUUACCAUGGGAGCUCAAAAUGUUUCAUAAAUAUUAUACAUUAUCUGUGUUUAUCCUAUAACCUGCGGUUUUCAUAUUAUAUUUUGAUAAUUCCUUAGGGUUAAGAGAGUCCGCAUUUAACAAUGUUUUAAGAUAACAGGGGUUCACCUUUGAUAAUGACCUCAGUUUGUUAUGAAGUUCUGCCACAGUGCGUUCAUUUUCAAGUGACAUGGUCCCCCAAAAUUUGGAUUUUGAGACAAAUUCUAAUUGCAAUGUCUUAACGAAGUUUUAAAUUUCGUUCAUAAACCAAAUCACUCAGGUUGAAAUAAAAAAUAUUCAUUGAGUAUGUAGCUUGUAGGAGCCCGGAGAAGUCCUGCCCUUAUUCGAAUUCAACACAAAGAGGGCGCGCCAUUUUACCUCAAUAAUAUUCAACCGGAAGGGCCCAUAGCAUAUGCGCAGCGUUCGGAAAGUUUCGGUCAAAACAAACACGUCAAGCGAGGUAAGUACGGGUGACAAAACCAUAGCCAAUGAUCUCGGCUCUGAUCUUUUAAUAUGGGGUUAGGCGUAGAUCACACCCGAUGAGUUUUCCAGGUUAAAAUAGUGGUGUUGAAAAACAGCUUAGUGCGUAGAAAUUCCGCGCCACAAAAUUCCGUGCACAAUGAACAAACACAUGCAUUUACCGGGCAAAACGCCAAUAAAUUAUGUUCACCAAGACAUUCUCCGUUCCUCUGC